AUGGCAGUGGAGCAUCCAUUUCUGACCCGAAACUAGGCGAGCUGUUUCACUAAGGAUUCACUUCUAAGUUAGACACUUUUCUCAGUAUUCGUUAGCAAAAUCUGGCGAAUAUGGUCAGCCGAAUCAUAGACCUUCUUACGAGGUACUACGAAGAAGAUUUAGAGGAUUCGUGCAGGACUUUUAAGGUCAUAGUUGUUGGAAGAACAGGAGUAGGAAAGUCGCACUUGGUGAAUACUCUUAUGGGUGAAUACGUUGUAGAGGAGGGGCAAGAUCUCGAUCCUUGCACAUCCACAGUGUCAAAGCACGAGAAGCGAAUCGGUAGAACCCGCGUGACAGUCUGGGAUUCUCCGGGACUUCAAGAUGGCCAUCACGAAGACGAAGUAUAUCUAAAUCGGAUCAAGCCAGUCCUGAGGGAGAUAGAUGUUAUGCUCUACUGCAUCAAGAUGGACGAUACCAGGUUUAUCGAGAACGAGGUCAAUGCUAUACGUGCUAUUUCUUCGCUCGACAGAGACAUUUGGAGAAGAACUGCUGUUAUCCUGACAUUCGCCAACAAAGUGAGGAACCAAGAAGACGAGAUUGACAUUGAUCACUUUAGAAUCAAGAAAGAGCAAUGGAAGUCGAAGGUGACUAAUGUUCUGAUGGAAUGUGCUGUGUCUUAUUACGCUGAUGUCCCGUUUGUUCCAGCCGGCCACAGGAAUAGGCCUGAGCUUCCUUCGACUGAUGACUGGGUGUCCGAUUUUUGGCUUGAAGUGUUUAGAGCUUCAAACCCUUCCAGAAGGCUGAUACUCAUGGCCAUCAACCAGCAACGCUUGACAUUUGGAGGACCGCAGCCACACCCCGGGCCUGAGCCUGCGGCACAGAGGUAUUCCAGCGGUCACCCGUUACGUCGUUACCACCCAUACCUUACCCACCAUAGAAGCGAGCCAGGGCCAGCCAACAUUGCCAACGCUAGUGUUUUUCCUCCCAUUUUAAUUUCAGAACCAACGCAACAGCUGUUUUUCAAUUUAUUGGGGGAAGGCUUAAAGGAGAUGGGUACAGGCGUAGUAAAAGGCUGCAAGGAGGUUUUAGGCAUGGUGGAAAAAGGGGUUGGCAUGGUCGGAAAAGGGGUUGGCAAGGCUCUCCAAUGGCUUUUUGAUUGAAAUGCUGUAUAAGGCAGGAAGAUAAUGAGGAGCACAUCAAUAACAUAACAACUGAACUAAACAUAAGUAGAGAUAACAAAGGUACCCGAAUCGUGCAACCCACACUAAGCCCACAGCAAGAAGAAUCUGCAGGACAAUAGUACGAUCGUGAGAAUCAUAAACGAAUUGGCAUUACUGUACGGAGUACUUUACUGUGUGCUGUACUAUGGGUGUGUGUGCGUGUGUGUGCAAGUGUGCGUGCGGGAGAGGGGGCUCUACCCAAGAUCUACCAAACUAAUAAAGGAAAGGGCUAGCCA